AUGCUGUCACAUGACAGUGACGGUGUCACCUUGGAUACCACACUGCGUGACAGUGAUGGGCAAACAGCGUUGGAUAUAGCCAGGAAAUACGAUUAUCAUGAUUAUGAAGGAUGCGUGCAGUUGCUGGUGGAUCACGAGAGUGCGAAGGAGGCCAAACAGCUGCAGGCAGGAGAUACUGCUGAUCUGCCAAGUAUCAGUGAACUCGAAGCAGCAGAGCAGGAGGCAGCCAGGUUGGGCGGUACGACCAUCAUCCAUUUCCUGCACGUGGCAAUACUUGGUGCGGCGCGCGUUGGAAAGACCAGCUUGCUGAAGGCGUUGCUUGAGAAGAUGCACGAUGAGAAUGAACUCAGCACGCCCGGCAUGCGCACGUCCUACGCAACUACAAGCAUCUCUGAUGACUGUCGAUUCAUCGAAUGCCCAGACAUGCCAGAUGCUCUGAGUCGACUCUACGUCCUCACCAUGAUGUGCAAACCAUCCACUUCGAAUCAUCCCCAAGACAAAGAGACAACACAAGAUGACAGAGAGAGAGCCCCAGCAGGAGAGGAUCCUGUGGCUGGGACCCAUGCAGGACCUAUGGAGGACAGCAGUAGCAGCAGCAGCAGCGACGGGCCAGCAAUGCGCGAGGAAAUCCACAAGACCAUCACAGGAUUUCUCAACGCAGACCGGGUAAAGUACAUCUCUGACCGGGCCAACACGCCCGACUAUACCGUCAUCACAUUCCGCGACCUUGGAGGGCAGCAAGUCUACCAAUCCGUGCAGCCCCUCUUCAUGGCCAAAAACACAACCUUUAUUGCCACAUACAACUCUUCUCUGGACCUUCUAGAGACCCUUCCCAAGCUCGAUAAAUUUCAGUUCAGCCAGGAAGAAUGUAUCGAGCGGGCCACUCUACCGGCCAAUGCGACUCGCCUAGACCAGCUGCUAAGCUGGCUCGACAUGCUGCUGCUGAAUGCGAAAGCUGACAGCAGCACAGACCAGAGUGCUGCAGAUGAUGUGUUUGUAGUGGGGUGUCAGAGUGACAUGUGGAAGAAAACCGAUUUGCCUGAUCCUUGUAAACUACUUCGAAAGAACAUCGAAGGUUCGCCGUAUAAGAAGCUUGUCUGGAAUGAAACAUCGUACUUCAAAAUCGACAGCACCAGAUCCACUGGAAGUGCAGCACAAGCAGAUGAGCUGCAGCGAUUGAGAGAGGCCAUCAUCGACCGCUGCCGGAAGAGCCAACGUAACAUCCCUGUUCCAUGGCUCCGAUUCUGCAUAACCAUACACACGCUCAAGCAGGAGGUCACGUGGCCUUGGAUUUCCUUCAAGGAGGCAAAGUUCAUAGCGAAGCAAGUCAAGGCUGUUCCACAUGACUGCAGUGACCGGCAAAUACAGCUGCUGCUGAAGUACUGCCACGAAGCAGGCCACCUGGCGUACUUCCCAACUUUCAAGCUGAAAGACACGGUCAUCCUGGAGCCCCAGUUCAUCCUGGACUGUGUCAAUGCCUUUGUCUACAUGAAGUUUGACCGAGACAUCACAAUGCACGAAGAGCGGCGCUAUAAGUCUGGGUUCAUGACGGAGUCCCUGGCACGCAAAGCUCUCAACAAGAUGUUCGAGGGUCAGUCUUACUGCGACCAUGCUAAGGCGUGGCAAGCAGUCAGAGCAAGCAGUGAUGGGUUCAAGCUCAUUUUUGAAAUCCUAGAAUGGCUCUCAGUCCUGGCAAUUGUGCAGGAUGAGCACGAGUUUAUUGUACCUGCAAUCGUCCGGGACAUGGGCACGGACCCCCAGCUGCCUUGUUCCUGUGCCUACGUGUCCUUUAAGCACACAGACAGCGAUGAGUUGAUGCACUUUCCCGUGUUCCUGUACUGGCAAUGCGUGGUGGAGGUGCUGCUGAAGUCACACAAUCGCUCGGCUGCCACGCUGUCACGGUGCAGCGUUCGCCUUCGCUGGAACAGCGUUUGGCCGUGGCUGCACCUGCACUAUACACGCUACGGCUUACAAGUGUACGUCGAGUGCGAGGGCCGACACGGCGGCAGCGGAAAGUCUACGCUGGAUGAAGUCCGGGCAAUCGUGCUCACAGUGCUACGGAAGUGGGGCCUGCAGGUCGAAGUGAUCAGCACAUUGCCAUGCCCCUGCGGAGAAACAUCGGGCGAGGAGUGUUUACAGCAUGGCUUAUCUACGUGCUGCGCACCAAGCUGUGCGCACGCCUUGGACACUUCCAGCCUAGUGGCUGAAGACUACCCACUGUGUACACGUUCAAAGAAGCGGGAUAUACAGAUGAUCCGUGAGCAGGCCAUGUUCUGGCUGGGCCUUGACCAGGAUGCAUGUGGAAAGCUGUUUGACCCGAGAUCGACCUCUCUUCCUUCAGCAGAAGCCUGUGCCAGUGUGGAUAGUAGAAGCGGUGGUCACGGUGCUCCAGGAAGCGGUCAUCACAGCGCUGGAGAAAGCGGUGUUCACGACGCUGAAUUCAUGUCGCUUGGUGCCAUUGGUGAAAAGACAUUCGAUCAGAUUGCCGACCGGCAUGCGUUUGUGAGCUCGAUUGAACCGUUCAUCGGUGGAGAGGAGAAAGGCGACGAGAGAGGCGAGGAUGAGAAGUCGUACGGCGACCCAUUCCAGCAGCGUGUCUUUCUAACCGAUAUUUCGCCUUGGUUGGGCAAAUUACCAGCGAGAAAAUUUCGUAAAAUGGCGCAAGAGGCCGGGUUAUGCGCCGAUCUGCAGCAGAUAGAAGACUUGAAGAGGAUUGAGAAACUAGACGGAACACCCACUCACAACGAAGAGUUGGUCAACAUUCUAAGCAGCGAGGAAAAGGCCGGCUACAUCAAGCUAGUGAUGAUCAUCAAACGCUGGGGUAACUAUCCCGACAAGGUCGACAAGAUGAACCAGCUUCUGCCACGACGGGCCCGUGUGUAAACGGUAGGUUGCAUUCAUUUCUUGCACUACCUGG